CUCUCUCUCUCCUCUCUCAUCUUAAAAGGAUUUCAACUACUCAUCUUCUCUCUCUCUCUUUCUUAAUUGAGCGGGGGAUUUCAACAACUGAUAUUGUCUUGGUUGUGAGCACUUAGCAUUGCCACACAAUGGCUUGUCAUGUUAAGCAAAAUGUGAGUGAAGGCAUGGAAAUUGCUGGAAAAGUUGGAGGAAAGCCUCUUCCUCCAAAGUGUUUGGUGUGGGCUAGCUUUUUUCUCAGGACUCUCGCUGCUGUACUAACUUUGGUUGCGGCUGCGGUGAUGGGAACCGCUAGAGAAACCAAAUCAGUCCCGUUUACGUUAAUUCCUGGAGCACCACCCUUGAUCGUUUCUGUUCCCGCAAAAUACCAUUACUCCUCUGCCUUCGUGUACCUAUUGGUGGCCAACGUUAUUGCAUCGGUGUACGCUUUUCUCUCCCUCAUCCUACAAGCGUUUGGUAAGCGUUCGUCCCUGCUGCUUUGCACGUGCGACGUUGUUAUGUUUGGGUUGUUGUUUUCGAGUGUAGGGGCAUCGGGUGCAAUAGGCGUGGUUGCGCACAAUGGGAAUUCGCACGUGAAAUGGAAUAAAGUGUGCGAUGUUUUUGAUCAAUUUUGCAAGCAAGUUGGUGCGGCCACCCUUGUCGCUUUCUUCGGGGCUUUGACCUUCCUGCUGUUGCUCUUUCUCUCUCUCUUUAAUCUCCACCGUCGAUCUCCCUAGUUUAUGCUCUCUCUCUCUCUAAAACUCCGUAUGUUGUUUUUUAGUUGAGCUGCUACUUCUCUCUCUCUCUCUCUAAAGUUUCUCUCUCUUCUUUAUUUCUGCUUUUAAUAUGUUAAGUUGUUAACAAGCCUUUCUCUCUCCCAACCCCAUUGUAAAUGAAUGUAAACGUGAGUGUGUGUAAUUUUAAAUGUCCAUGUUCUACUA